AACGAAAGAUUGAUAUUCUGAAAAAUUAAUUCCGAAUCAAACACCCAUUCGUACAUGCUAAAAUAAUAAUUAAAAUGUAUGUAUACAUCUUUAGCUGUUGUAUCUUGUAUAUGAGACAGUAGAGAUAAUUUAGAAAAACGUCAGCGUGUACAUGAUCCACUCGUUCGUUCGAAUAGCGACGAGAUUGUUGCACAGUGUUCCUGAAAGUUUGUUAAAAAUGGGACCGUUCGAAAGUGCUAAGAAAAUUGCAGCUUGCAAAGCCGUCAACGAUUAUGUCCAGAAUAACUCUGUCAUUGGAAUUGGUAGCGGAUCCACUAUAGUUUAUGCUGUCGACAGACUCGCCGAACGUGUUAAGACCGAAGGACUUAAUGUAGUCUGUAUCCCUACAUCGUUCCAAGCUCGUCAACUUAUAUUAGAUAAUCAUUUAACCUUAGGUGACUUAGAAACAUAUCCAAAGCUGGACUGUACAAUCGAUGGAGCAGAUGAAGUUGAUGCGGAAAUGAAUCUCAUCAAAGGUGGUGGUGGAUGUUUAUUACAAGAAAAAAUUGUUGCUUCCUGUGCCAAGCAGUUUAUUAUCAUAGCAGACUAUUCGAAAAAUUCACAACAUCUUGGUGACCGAUACAAGAAGGGAAUUCCCAUUGAAGUACUUCCUAUGGCUUAUGUGCCGGUUCAAUGUAAAAUUGUGGACAUGUAUGGAGGAGUAGCAAAACUCAGAAUGGCCCUGUCAAAAGCUGGUCCAGUUAUAACGGAUAAUGGUAAUUUUAUUUUGGACUGGCACUUUCCGCAAGAGUUACGUAAUUGGAGAAAAAUUAAUGAGGAAAUAUCUCUGAUACCUGGAGUCAUAGAAACUGGUCUAUUUAUAAAUAUGGUCGAAAAAGUUUUCUUUGGUAUGCCGGAUGGCAGUGUAAAGGAACAAAGUGCAAACAUCGAAAAAAUUUGAUGUACAUAUGUCAAAGUAUAACUUGUUCUUUUUUUUUUUUUUUUUUUGGGCAAUAACUAUAUCUAGUUAUAGGAUAAUACUAUCAGAGGGAGGAUUCUCAAUUAUCUUUUUUUGUAAUCAAUUUUUGUCUUGCCUCUUAUAUGUCAUUCCAAUUAUUUCAUAAUUGCUUCUUUCAUAUAUUUUCUAUGUUUUUAUCAAUUAUUUUUUAUGUAUGCAAUUUGUUUAUAUCAAACUUUGUUCAUAUCAAACUUUUCAUUACUAUUAUAUAAGCUUUUAUAAUGAUUUUUCAACCAAAAGUUAUGUUUUAAAGAUAAACUGCUCAAUACUUCUAAGAACAUGUUUUGCAACAGUGAUAAGUAAAACAGUAUAUGUAUAGUACAAAAUAUUUGAAAUAAGAUCGUAUAUCGAUAAAAAAUAAAGAUAAAAUGUACAAAGCUCGAAAUAAA